AUGCUCAUAAAAUUUCUCUUCCAGGUGAAACAGGCAACCAACCAAAUUGUGAUGAACUGUGCUGACAUUGACAUUAUUACAGCUUCCUAUGCGCCAGAAGGAGACGAAGAGGUACAUGCCACAGGGUUCAACUAUCAAAAUGAGGAUGAAAAGGUUACUCUCUCCUUUCCCAGUACUCUUCAAAAAGGGACAGGGACACUAAAGAUAGACUUUGUAGGGGAGCUGAAUGAUAAAAUGAAAGGUUUUUACCGAAGUAAAUAUACCACCCCUACUGGAGACACACGCUAUGCUGCUGUCACUCAGUUUGAGGCUACUGAUGCUCGCAGAGCUUUCCCUUGCUGGGAUGAGCCUGCUAUUAAGGCAACAUUUGAUAUUUCUUUGGUGGUUCCUAAAGACAGAGUAGCUCUGUCAAAUAUGAAUGUCAUCGACCGGAAGCCGUACCCAGAUGAUGAAAAUCUGGUGGAGGUGAAGUUUGCUCGCACCCCUAUAAUGUCAACGUAUCUUGUAGCGUUUGUGGUGGGAGAGUAUGACUUCGUAGAGGCCAGGUCCCUUGAUGGCGUCUUAGUGCGUGUUUACACGCCUGUUGGCAAAGCGGAACAAGGAAAGUUUGCAUUAGAGGUUGCUGCUAAAACUCUGCCUUUUUAUAAGGACUACUUCAAUGUUCCUUACCCUCUUCCUAAAAUUGAUCUCAUAGCUAUUGCAGACUUUGCUGCUGGUGCCAUGGAGAACUGGGGCCUUGUUACUUAUAGGGAGACUGCAUUGCUCAUUGACCCCAAAAAUUCCUGUUCUUCAUCUCGCCAGUGGGUUGCUCUGGUUGUAGGACAUGAACUUGCUCAUCAGUGGUUUGGAAACCUUGUGACCAUGGAAUGGUGGACCCAUCUCUGGCUGAAUGAAGGAUUCGCCUCCUGGAUUGAGUACCUAUGUGUAGAUCACUGUUUCCCAGAGUACGAUAUCUGGACUCAGUUUGUUUCUGCUGAUUACACACGAGCUCAAGAGCUUGAUGCCUUAGACAACAGUCACCCUAUUGAAGUUAGUGUUGGCCAUCCAUCUGAAGUAGAUGAAAUAUUCGAUGCUAUUUCUUACAGCAAGGGAGCAUCUGUAAUCCGAAUGCUACAUGACUACAUUGGUGAUGAGGACUUUCGGAAAGGAAUGAAUUUAUAUUUAACGAAGUUCCAGCAGAAGAAUGCCGCUACAGAGGACCUCUGGGAAAGCCUGGAAAAAGCUAGUGGUAAACCUAUUGCUGCUGUGAUGAAUACAUGGACCAAGCAAAUGGGAUUUCCGCUCAUUUAUGUGGAGGCUGAACAGCAAGAAGAUGACAAGGUGUUGAAGUUAGUCCAGAAGAAAUUCUGUGCCAGUGGACCCUAUACUGGGGAGGAUUUCCCCAUGUGGAUGGUCCCCAUAAGUAUUUGUACAAGUGAUGACCCCACCUGUGCCAAAAUCCAAAUAUUGAUGGACAAACCAGAGCUCACCUUGGUUUUGAAAGACAUCAAACCAGACCAGUGGGUGAAGUUAAACCUUGGAACGGUAGGGUUUUACCGUACUCAGUAUAGCCCUGACAUGCUGGAGAGUUUAAUACCAGCGAUCAAAGACCUCUCCCUACCCCCUGUGGACAGGCUUGGCUUGCAGAACGAUCUUUUCUCUCUGGCCCGAGCUGGAAUCAUUAGCACUGUAGAGGUUCUAAAAGUCAUGGAAGCUUUUGUGAAUGAGCCCAAUUAUACUGUGUGGAGUGACCUCAGCUGUAACCUGGGGAUCCUCUCAACUCUCCUGUCCCACACAGACUUCUAUGAGGAAAUCCAGGUGUUCGUGAAAGAUGUCUUUUCACCAAUAGGGGAGAGACUGGGAUGGGACCCCAAACCUGGAGAGGGUCAUCUAGAUGCCCUUCUGAGAGGUCUGGUCUUGGGCAAACUAGGAAAAGCUGGGCACAAGGCAACAUUAGAAGAAGCCCGACGCCGAUUUAAGGACCAUGUGGAAGGAAAACAUAUGCUGUCAGCUGAUCUGAGGAGUCCUGUAUAUGUAACUAUUUUGAAGCACGGAGAUAGUACUACUUUAGACACUAUGCUGAAGCUUCACAAGCAAGCAGACAUGCAGGAGGAGAAGAACCGAAUUGAACGAGUUCUUGGAGCCAUCUCUCAACCAGAACUGAUUCAAAAAGUUCUCACCUUUGCACUUUCAGAAGAGGUACGUCCCCAGGACACGGUAUCUGUUAUUGGUGGAGUAGCUGGAGGCAGCAAGCAGGGAAGAAAAGCUGCUUGGAAAUUUGUAAGGGACAAUUGGGAGGAACUUUAUAAUCGAUACCAAGGUGGAUUCUUAAUAUCCAGACUAAUAAAGCUAACAGUGGAUGGAUUUGCAAAUGAUAAAAUGGCCACAGAAGUUAAGGCCUUCUUUGAGAGUCACCCAGCUCCAUCGGCAGAACGCACUGUCCAGCAGUGCUGUGAAAAUAUUCUGCUGAAUGCAGCUUGGCUGAAGCGGGACGCCGAGAACAUCCACCAAUAUUUUCUGCAGCGCAAGGCCCCACCAGCCAUGGUGUGAAUCUGUGCAUGCCACCGCUGCAGUCCUGCUGCCGCCUCAUGGGGAGAGGGAGGAGCUACCCAACAGCUGAUUCAUAUGCCAAGAAUUUGGAGUCUUUUUCUCAAACCAAUGGGGAUUGGACAAUGAAUGUAGUUAACUGGUUCCUGCUCACACUCCAGAUUUAAAUUCUAUUAAAAUUAUCAGCAAUUCAGCAAAAAAAAAAAAAAGAGAGAGAAAAAUCUGUAAAUAUGAUAGUAAUAAAAUAGAGCAUAACAAAACUGUGAAACUUCCUCAAGCCUUGUCAGUGGUUAAAAUAUUUAACAACCCCCUCCUGACACUCUUAUUGACA